AUGGUUGUUAAAGUCGAAGACUUAGAGGUUAAAUAUAAAAUGAGGGCUAAGUAUACUGAGUUCUUAGGUCUGCCACUCAGUAUUGAGCCGAAUAGCCCUCUUAGAUUCACCAUUAUACACCGGGUACAUGGGCGACAAAUGCUUACAGGCUGGCCGCUACUUCCAACCCGACUUAUAGACUGUAUCAAUAAGAAGAAUAAUAUUCUUAUCAAGACGUCAUCAAGCAAUUACUUCAAGUCUAACUUCCAUAAGUCUUAUUACCCUAUGUUGAAGGAUUUACUCCUUGAUGUACAAAUUCCUCUGGAAUGGGCAGAUGAGAGUAUUCAGCCAAGGCCUUUUAAUGCUCGGUUAGAACUUGUGGGAGUUAAGAUGCUAAAUGAAGAGGAUAAUAAGGAUACGUUUGAAGGUUGGGACUCAGAGGAGGAUGAGGAUAAAUUUGGUAUUUUUGGGGAGGAUGGAGUAAUUAAAUGGGAUAUAGCCGAGGAAGAUGUCAAUAAGGAGUUUUAA